UUAUUUGAUAAAUGAUUUGUCUGAAUAAACGUAUGCAUGUUGUGUGUUUUUAAGUUUUAUUCAGUAAUUAAAAGUUACAGUAGGAAUCUGAUAGUAUUUGAUACAUAAAUAUAGUUUGAGACAAAUAAAACAAAUCCCACGGGAUCCGGAUAUCGUUCAAUUAUCGAGAACGAGGUUGUUUACUGAAACUAGGAAGUGAUCAGUGAUCUGUAGUUCACCAAUUGAUGCAAGAUGUCGACGAAACGGCGGGUCGCUUUAACCCACGAGCAACGAUUGGAAGUCAUCAGAGAAUCGGAGAAAUUUCAUACUAGUUCUCGCAAAAUUGCCGAGAAGUAUGGUGUUGGCAAAACUCAAAUCGAUAGGAUUUUAAAACGAAAAUCGGAAAACCUCGCUGAUCUGGAGGACAAUGUUGCCCCCGAGAGGAAACGACAAAGGCGGCCUACGGGCAAUGAGGAAAUAAAUAACCUUGUGUGGGAAUUUUUUAAAGACGCUUCCUCGCGCCGUGUUAAUCUUAGUGGGCCACUGUUAAAACAAAAGGCACUGGAUUUUGCAUCAGACUUUGGUAACACUACAUUCAAGGCUUCAAAUGGAUGGUUGGAUUCGUUUAAAUCACGGCAUAAUAUUGUGUUUGGAACUUUUAUAGCUUGUUAUACUUUAUAAAGGGCUACUGGUGAUCAAAUUUCACAGUAUGAAUGGAACCUCUAUAUAAAGGGCACCUGUCUAUAAAGGGCACUUUUGUUGCUUCCCUUGGAUGGCCUUUAUAGACAGGUUUGA